UUUUGGGUCAAAUUCAAAAUCGUCCAGGACAAAAUAUAGACAUUUACAUGUUUUCCUCUGUCGAUUUACAUGAAUUAUUGAUUUAUAGUCUAAACUAGUCAAUGCUGAGAUAUUUGUUUACGUAACAGAUAUCCUACAAACCAUGCCUGAAGAUAAAGUGAUUCCAGUGAAAGUUGCAGUAAGAUGCAGGCCACUUAUUACCAAGGAGACAGUAGAGGGGUGUCAGCCAUGUCUUACAUUCAUACCAGGUGAACCCCAGGUUCAGGCUGGCAAAAACAGAGCAUUCACAUAUGACUUUGUGUUCAGCCCCAAUCAGGAUCAAGAGGUCAUCUAUUCAAAAGCUGUACAGCCCUUAGUGAAAGGUGUUUUUAAAGGAUACAAUGCUACAGUAUUAGCUUAUGGCCAGACAGGCAGCGGCAAGACAUUCACAAUGGGCAGUGCAUAUAACAUGAACCCUGAGAAAGAUGGAGAUAAUAUGGGUGUUAUCCCAAGAGUUGUUCAAGAUCUAUUUGAGGGAAUAAAUGAACAACCAGACUAUGACUUUGUUAUAAAAGUCUCGUUCCUUGAAAUUCACAAUGAAGACUUACAUGAUCUACUGUCGUCAUCAAGUAAGAAAGAAGAUGUAGCCAUAAGGGAAGAUGUCAAAGGAGAUAUCAUUUUGACUGGUCUUACUGAGGUCCAAGUAUCCAAUUUAACAGAGACAAUCACAAUGUUAGAGCAGGGUUCACUAUUACGUACAACUGGUAGUACUGCCAUGAACAAUACAUCAUCACGCUCACAUGCCAUCUUCACAAUAAGUGUACUGAAGCAUAAUAAAACAGACAGCAAUGACGUGUGCAAGUCCAAAUUUCACCUUGUGGAUUUGGCAGGCUCUGAGCGAGUGAAGAGGACUAGAGCUGAAGGCGCUAGAUUCAAAGAAGGAGUCAACAUUAACAUGGGGUUACUAGCUUUAGGAAAUGUCAUCAGUGCCCUCGGGGAUGAGAAACAAAAGAGAAGUCAUAUACCUUACCGUGACUCUAAAUUGACACGCCUUCUGCAAGAUUCACUAGGAGGCAACAGCCACACUGUAAUGAUUGCCUGUGUCAGCCCAGCAGAUAGCAACAUGGAAGAGUCCAUAAAUACACUGCGUUAUGCUGACAGAGCAAGGAAAAUUAAAAAUAAACCAGUGGUCAACAGAGAUCCCCAGGCUGCUGAGAUUUUAAGACUGAAACAAUUGGUGCAGAAUUUACAACUACAAACAAUAGGUGGUGCUGGUGUUGGGGUGCUGAAUGGUUCACUGGAGGGGGUGGAUGUAAGAGCCCUCAGAGACAGAAAUAACCAAUUAGAGCAUGAGAACCGUUCAUUAAAUAAAGAACUUCAAACAGCUAUAGACCAAUCAACACAGCUGUGCAGCAAAUUGAUAGAGGCUGAAUCCAUGAAAGAGAAGUUAGGAGAACAGAUACAGGAGCUUAUGGCAUCUGCUGGCUCAAUAGAUGCUCUAACCCAGACUGAUACAGGGGAUGCUGCUACCCAGAAUUCCAUGCUGGCCAACCUCAAAGAACAGCUCAAAGGAGUGACAGAACAUUGUGAAGAGCUCCAUAAAACAUUUAAUAAAUCAAUUGCGUUAGUUGAUACUGAAGCACAAGAGUGUAACAGAGAGAUGGUUGAUACCCCAACACAGAUGUCAAUGUCGGAGGAGGACAAAGAGAUCAGUGACAACUUUGCACAGAGGAAGAAAUUGGCCUUCAAUGAACUACAGGUGUUAUCCAAACAGCUUGCAGACAAGGAACAGCUACUAAAAAACAAACAAGACAAUGAGGAGAACAUUGAUCAGAUUAGAGUAGACUAUGAGACUGCAGUAAAGAACUACCAGGAAGAAAUAGACAAACUCACAAAAGAGAAGGAUGAAAUGGAAAACAAAUUGGAAAAGACCAUCAUGCACAUCCCAUCCAAUAAAUUAAGUGAACAGAGGCGACAAAAAGUAAAAGAACUGGAGAUGAAGAUUGCAGGUUUCCGUAAGAAGUUAAAUGAACAAUCCAAACUAUUGAAGGAUAAAGAAAGAUCAGAUAUACAAAUCUCCAAACUAAACACUGACAUCAAGAUGAUGAAACAACAUAGAGUGAAGCUAAUAAACCAGAUUAAGCAAGAGAACAAGGACUACACACAGUGGAAGAAAGACAAAGAGAAAGAACUCACUCAAUUAAAGGCCCAGGAUCGUAAACGUCAAAUUGAGAUUGUCCGUAUGGAAAAGCAACACAGUAAACAAGCUGCUGUGUAUAAGCGUAAACUGGAGGAAUCUGCUGCCAUUAACAAAAGACUUAAGGAGGCUACAGAGAAGCACAGACUGGCUGUAAACCAGAGAGCUGCCAAGGAAGAGAAGCAAGAGAUGUCUGGUGUGGGCAAUAGAAUCAGGUCAUGGCUUCAGCAAGACUUAAACAUGGAAGUAGCUGUAAAAAGAGCUCAAAGUACGCUGGAUGAACUUAUAAAAGACAGGAAGGAACUGACAGCUCACAGGACUAACUUAAAGCAAAAACUGAACAAGUUACCGCCUGAGGAUGAUCGCAAAGCUGUAUUGAGUAAAGAACUAGUUGCCUUAGAUCAGGAUCUAGAACUCAGGAAUAUUCAGAUUGAAGAGAUCCAGGGUAGAUUAGCCGACCAGAAUGACCCCAAAGCUACUAAUAACAAAUGGGAACGUAUCCACACUAUAGUUGAAGCCAAGGUAGCUCUUAAGUACCUCCACAAUGGCAUGGUAACAGCCAAAGUACAUGCAGAGAAAUUCAAAGCUGAGUGUGAAUCCAGCAAGGCUGUACACAAGGAGGCUUCUGCAAUGAUGGAUGAGGCUGAGAAAACAGUGAAAAACAUGAAACUGCAACAUGAGAAUGAGAUGGCUCAACUUCAGAUGGAACAUGAACAAAAGAUGGCACGUGUAUGGAAAGCUGUUAUAUCCAAACAAGCGAACACAACACAAGAUGAGGUGCUAAGGCAAGACUUACUAGCCAAGGAAGAGUUGCUUGAGAAGGUCGAGGCUCUACAAGAACAGCUAGUAGACAGUCAGGCAGAGAAUAAGACACUUAAAAUGCACAUUACAAAGAAUACAUACGCCACUAAACUGAUGCCAGGCCUUGGAGACAGCCUACCUGCUUCCCCUGUAGGGACAUCAUUCUUUACACCUGUCGGACAGGCAGUCAAGAAGAGGAAACAUAAAGCGCAGAAGAAACAAUAUGAGUACAUGUCAGACGAGGAUGAGAUUGAGGAUAACUCAGAUGAGGAUGUCUCCGAUUCUGAUAAUGAUGCAGAUUGGCAGCCUGGGCUAACACCUGGCUUCCAACAAAGACAUAAGGACUUACAGAGAAAAAUUAUCAAUAGCAAAGAGACUAAGGAAAAGAAGCGUAGUGGACCUAGACCAACAGAAUCUGAGGGAGAUGCCAAUCAGGGCAAUACACCUACAGAGCGCCAGAAGAAAGGGGAUUCUAACUUAACAUGGAAUGAUGAAGAUGGUCACGGAAGUGAUCAGGGCCACAACAAAUCAGGCGGUGAUACAAAAUGUAGUUGUAAGAAGGGGAAAAAUCUUUGUGGAACAAACCACUGCGGAUGUGUGAGGAAAGGGCUGGAGUGUGGUGUCCAAUGUAAAUGCGAUUCAGAGCUAUGCAAGAAUUCAUCUUCCAGGACUCAAUCACCUUCCGGCUCAGAUAGUGCCAGCACAUUGAACACAACCUUUGACAUCGGACGACCAGCAUCUGCAGAUUCUGCGGAAUCAACCAUCCCCAGCAGUGAAAGCGUUCAACCAUUAAUGGACAUAGAAAAUCGAUCGGAACAAUCUAAACGCAGAUCAGGAAAGCGUAAAUCUGACAAAAUUAGUGAUGCUUCUGACACACAGAAUGUAUCGGACACUCUUGAAUCCACAAUAUUGGAUGGCGGAUUGAAGAAAAAGAAAAAAUUAUUGAACUUGAAUAGUGGAUCAAGCUUUUUCAGUCCUUUAGCAUAAGGAAUGAGAACAACUCGCUAAUUAUUAAUAAUGUAGUACGAACAUGAAAUUGUAAAUAAGAUUUUCUCAAUGAGACAGAAGCAAGUCUUGUAGUUUCUAGCAAGAUUAUAUUUCACAAACCAGUGUGUGAAUGAUUGUAUGAUAUGGCAGUGCUAAAGAUGAAAGAUGAAUGAUUGCUGAACGUUAAAUGUGAAACAAAUCCACAUAAUUAUGUGGUACAUAGUACUAGGUAUAGUAUGAUGGCAGACAUACAUGACAGUGACACACAAUGCUGUACUUGUAUUUGACUAGCAACUGUUAGUUCAUAGUUAUCCUCCAAUACUGUACAGAAACAACGUUUGAAUAUACAGACCUUUCCAGUAAAUCCUGACCCUUUUUGAUGAAGCAAGAAAACUUGUAUGUUGGCUAGAUUUUGAUGUCAAACUUAAUGCCAUAAGAAUGACAUUAAAAUUGAGGUGGCUUAAUUUAUGAUGUCAUACUUUAUGCCCUGAAACUGUAAGAAUGACAUCAAAACCGAUAGG